ACCUCUCCACUCCUUCCUCCACCAUCGAAAAAUCCCCCAAUUUCACAGCCUCAACCUUUUUAUUCAUCCCCUCUUCCAAUUCCCCGCCAUGCCUUCCAUUCCCGAUGAGCCUCUCCUCGCCCCUAACCCUGAUCGCUUCUGCAUGUUCCCCAUUCAAUAUCCCCAAAUCUGGGAGAUGUACAAGAAGGCCGAAGCCUCCUUCUGGACCGCCGAAGAGGUCGAUCUCUCUCAAGACACUCGCCAUUGGGAUUCCUUAACUUCCGACGAGAAGCAUUUCAUCACUCACGUCCUUGCCUUCUUCGCUGCCUCUGAUGGUAUCGUCUUGGAGAACCUUGCCGGUCGGUUCAUGAAGGAAGUUCAAGUCGCUGAAGUCAGAGCCUUCUACGGUUUCCAAAUUGCUAUCGAGAACAUUCAUUCCGAGAUGUAUAGUCUUCUCCUCGAAACUUACAUCAAAGAUUCGAAUGAGAAGAAUCGCUUGUUUCAUGCUAUUGAUACUGUCCCCUGUGUCAAGAAGAAGGCCGAUUGGGCGUUGAAGUGGAUUGACAGCACGGAGUCAUUUGCUGAGCGGAUUUUGGCAUUUGCUUGUGUUGAGGGAAUUUUCUUCUCAGGUAGUUUCUGUUCUAUUUUCUGGUUGAAAAAACGUGGGUUAAUGCCUGGACUAACAUUCUCAAACGAGUUGAUUUCAAGAGAUGAAGGUCUUCAUUGUGAUUUUGCAUGUUUGUUGUAUUCGUUGUUGAGGAAGAAAUUGAAUGUGGAUCGAGUGAAGGAGAUUGUUAUGGAGGCUGUGAAUAUAGAGAGGGAAUUCGUUUGUGAUGCUUUGCCGGUGGCUCUAGUUGGAAUGAAUGGAGACCUUAUGAGCCAAUACAUUGAAUUUGUGGCAGAUAGAUUGGUUGGAGCAUUGGGGUAUGACAAAAUCUACAAUGUGCAAAAUCCAUUUGAUUGGAUGGAGUUGAUUUCCUUGCAAGGGAAGACUAAUUUCUUUGAGAAAAGAGUUGGGGAAUAUCAAAAGGCAUCUGUGAUGUCAAAUCUAAAUGGAAAUGGAGGAAUUCAUGAGUUUAAGAUGGAUGAAGAUUUCUGAAGAUUGAAGAUAAAGAUGAGUUCACUGUGUAGAAUAAUAUUUGUGGGUUCUUCUUUCUUUUAAUUCUUAUAUGUAGUUUAGUAUUUAGGGAUUAGAUUUGAUUAAGUAUGGUUAAUUUAAGAUUAAAAAAAAAAAAUGUUUCAUGGUUUGGGUUUAGGUUUAUGUUGAAUUUGGUGUGUUAUGGCCACAAACUAUGGCAGAUUUAAGAAGCCUAAGAUAUGAUGAGGGAAAAGAACCAUUUUGUGAUACUUGUUUUGCUGCUGUUAUGCAUCUUUGUUAAAGCAUUAUUAUGUAUUAUAGUGUUUCAUCAUAUAACACUGGCAACUCUACUUGCCAAAUCUAUUUUUAUA